AUGACAUCUAAAUUCCUGAUACAUUUUUCCGACAGAUGUUCGCAGCUGAAAAGCCUCAGAUUUGAAAAUAUCCAAGGAAGGCCAAAAAGACGAGGAGAAAGUGAACGAUUUUAUCAACAAGAAAUGCGUGCCAGUUUGGAACCUGGUCUUGAAUCGGUUCUAAUAAAAGCCGAAGGGAAUCUUAAUGAAUUGACAAUCAUCAACUGCGGACCCGUCAUAACAGAAAGGUGCCUUUGGUUGGUGUCUUGCUACGCUCGUGUACUACGAAGCCUGACUUAUCGAAGCGUCGCCCAUCCACCAUCAGCCGAAGUUCUUUGGGCGUUGGCCAGCGGCUGCCGUGACAUCACAUAUCUCAGUCUAUCCCCUGACAAUCCAAGGUCUCCCCAACAGGAACGCUUCAAUAACAAAUGUGCGUAUCUCAUCGCAAAGAAUUACCCUCAUUUGAAAUUUAUCAGUCUCGGUGGAGCUGGUAUAGAUGACGUUGGCCUACUCAUAAUUGCUGAAAAGUGCCAAAACCUUGAGUGUUUGGAAUUGUAUAAUUUUGUCAAUAAACUCAUUCAAAGCUCUGUUGAAAAUAUGUGUACCAGUGGUUUCCAGAAUUUGCAGGAACUGUACUUUAUCCAUACGGCUGUCGACCCCAAAAUUAUUCCUGAGUUCGCUAGACUUUGUCCAGAAUUGAAGAAGAUCAAAAUUGAAGUUACAAUUCAAGAUUAUUUUGGAGAUAUCUUACAACCGAAAGACAAGCGUAAAUAUAAGCUCAUUGGCCUAAAAUUGAAGAGUCUAAAAUCGCAGUCGAAAUUGGAUCAAAUCUUAGAAUUGGAUUUCAAAGAUUGCAAAUGA